AUGGAGGAAGCACGGGGCAGCCUCUCCAGCGUUCCUCGAGAGAUACUCGACCACAUAGUCUCCUACCUACCCAACGGAGACAAGAAAAGCCUCCGCCAGGCUUCUUCCUUCUUUGCCGAGACCGUGAAGAUCCGCAUUUCACGCGUUUUUCUCUCCGCCAACCCACGAAAUAUCGAAGUCCUUAAGGCCAUCGCCGAUCACGAGACCCGGCGACAUCAUGUUGAGCAACUCAUUUGGGACGACAGUCUUCUGGCGACUCCAGCCAACCUUGGGCAAAUGCGGGUUAAAAGUGAAUACCGCAACUCUUAUGGGGGUUUUUGGAUACCCCCAAAACCUGAGAUUAUCGAGAAUCGACAGCGUCUGCUUCGACAGACUCUGGGCAAGCGAGAUGUGCGAGAUCAGUUUAUGUUUCACGAACUGUACACCGAAGCAUGUGAGGUAAACAUUUGUGACAUCCGCGCCAGGCGAGGUAAUGACUGCGAUACGCCAGCUCACCUGGAGCGAGAGGAAAGAGUGAAGAACGAGAUGCCCAUCAUACACUCAGUUCGUUACUAUAGAGAGCUAUGUGAUCAACAAGGGGAAGUUAUCCGCACCGACGGAGCCAUUUGCGCCUUUCGAAUUGCUCUCGACCGGUUCCCAAAUCUGAGGAGAGUCACCAUCACGCCUGCUUGUCACGGGUUUCUCUUCACUCCAUUGUAUGAGACCCCGAUGAUCCGUGAUUUCCCCAAGGGCUUCAACUAUCCGAUCCCACGGUCAUGGCCAUCGGACCUAGGUAAAACCGACAGUCGCCCCGUACACCGUUGGCCUCGCUUUCAUCAGACUUCAAAGAUGAUAUGGUAUGGCAUCCGGGUCGUUCUAAAGGACCUGGCCCUGCAGCAAAACCGAGUAACCGAGCUUGAAAUCAACGUUCACGGCCUAGACUAUGGCGUGCCCGUCGACAUGUUCCACUCCAGGAACGAUGAGUCUAGGUACUUCAACACGCUCGCCACUAAACUAAGACGCCUAGAUUUAUCCAUCGAAGUCCCACCCUCAAGAACUGGCAAUCCUCUCGAGGAAAUCAGCCAGUCCAUCCGCCAGGCUCUUGAUCACAGUCCGUAUCUGCAUCACUUCAGUUUGCACUGCAACCGCCAAGGCUAUGACGGGCGUUUCCCGCCUCUCCGCACCUUUUUCCCCAUCGACAACUGGAAUCGGCUUCAGCACUUCGGACUAACAGGCUUCAAGGUGGAUAUCGACGACUUGGUCGACUUCCUGUCUUCCAUGCCGGCCACCUUGAGCUCUCUGGAGCUUAGCUUUCUCCGUUUCCAGACGGGAGCGGGAGGGGAUAACUAUUACGAUCUGAUGCAGGCCAUGCGAAACAGGCUCGGAUGGAGCAUUAGAUCCGAGGAUGACAGACCCAAGAUUAUCAUCCGGGUAGAGGUGGGGGAGCCAGUGCCUGGUCGGUACGUUACGGCCGACAAGGAGGUCGAGGAAUUCAUGUACGGUGAUGGGCCUAACCCCUUCUCUUGCGAAACGGGGCCAGACGAGUUCGGUUGUUAUUUUAACGAGCUAUGCGAGAAGGGGAUAACGCAUGACGAGUUUGACCCGGCAUAUGAGCGGCCUAAUCUGGUCAAUGAGGAACUUGUCGCCUUGGGCAUCAUCAAGGAUGCUCGCUGUCUCGAAGAUUUGACCUACGAUGUCGAUGACGAGUCUCAGGACACUGAGCUGGAUGAUGAGGGCGGCUAUGACUAUGACAGCCAGGACGGCUCCAGUGAGGAAGACGAUGAUUACGAAUGGUCUGGUUCUGCUGCCUCUGAGUAA